AUGUGUGAGGUGUGCUCAGAAACUCGGUAAAAGUCCAACGUUCAAGUUGUAUGUAAGAUGUCGCAGAAAAAUCCGGUGUAAAAAUUUGUUUUUCAAAAUUUGGUUUGUAACCCACAUUAGUAAACACGAGCGCCUCUACUGCCAAGCAGUUUUCACAAUCAUUGCAAGCAGUGCAGGCGCCACAAUAUACGUUGCAUUCACGCAACAACAUCUGUGUACCCGAGCAAUAUGUCGCAUCAUCCACACGUUCUUACCGAGGCAGCUGCCCUCCUCCUGAUAAACGGCUUGGAUGCCACCGGCAGUGCCACGCCUCCCAGCGCCCAGCCGCCUCCCGCAGCGGCAGCGGAAGUAAACUGCUUGCCGGAAAUCGUUGCAUCGGCUCAUCGGAUGGCCAGUGGCACGCCCACCGCCUCCAUGGCCGCCCUGGAAAUAUCAUCAGCUCGACAGAGGAUGCUGCCACUGAUAACGCGAAGUCCCUUGGAGGAGAGCCUCCAUUCGGCGAACGAGAAUGGCAACUCGUGCCGCAUCUGCCGCUGGAAUCGCAGCGACAUGGAGAUCAUCAAGUGUCCGUGCAACUGCAAGGGCAGCGUGGGCUACAUCCACCUGAAGUGCCUGAAGCGCUGGAUUAUGCACAGAAGGGAUAAUCGCUGUGAGGUCUGCAAUGCAGUCUUUGACAUUUCGGAGGAGCGGGUCAGUCUGAAGCAGAUGAUCCGAACCUUCUGCUGUGGCCGUUGUUGCGGCCUGAUUGUGAAGCACCUGCUAUUUAGCGCCUCGCUGAUGCCACUAGCCCAUAUCAUAUUGCAGCAGGUGCUGCAGUGCAUGGAUACUAUGAAUCAGGGCAGCACCGAGCAGCUUACCGUCCAGGAGGUGUUUGUCGCCUCCUGCGCCCUGCUGACCUCCAGUGCCCUGUUCUUCCACUUCUUUGAGUUCGUCACCACACGGUUCCUGCUCAUCCGGAACAUUCUGCGCCACUGGUGGAUGUUUGGCAGCACCUCCGACUUUGCCCUGGUGGAGAUCGAGGAUGAGUCCAUUGAUUUUUUUGAUGACUAGGCUGAUGAUAAGGGUUGAAGUAACAAGUAUGAUGAUUGGAAGGCAGUGCCGUCUUAGGUAGUUCCACCAAGAACGUGAUGUAAUAAAUGAAGUAAUUUAUUACAUUA